AUGCUCCAGAUCCUCCCCGAUGCUGGGGCUCUGCCCCUGGGAGAUGCAGCUGGGGAGAUGCCUGAGGAGGACAUCGAAGCCCUCAUGGAGGAGAUGGAUUACCUCCCUGGCCACUUUCACCUGGACCUGAACCUGAACUUUGAGCCGGGCUCCCGAGCCCCCUUCCGAGGCCGGGAUAUGAAGCUGCAGCGAGAGAGCCUUCGGACAGAGCUAGAGUUUGAGACUGGGCCCCUGCAGUAUGCAGUACGGAACCUCCUGGGUGUCUUCACCUUCUACUUGGACGAGCUGGAGCAGGCCCGGGAGCUCUUCCUGCAGGUGACCCAGGAGGCACCGGACAACCUGAAUGCCUGGGCCAACCUGGCUUAUGUCUACGACCAGCUGGGCCUGGAGCAGGAGGGGGCCCAGUGCAUGGAGACAUUGUCCAGCCUCAUGGGCCUGGAGGCCGAGGAGGAAAGGAUGGCCAGUGGAGACCUCAAGCUCCGGGCAGCCCGGUGCCUGGCUGAGCAGGGCUAUGCCUCGGCCUUCGACGUGGGCUUCGUGAGCGAGAGUGACCAGGUCCAGAAGCUGGCUGCCGGCAUCGCCCUCUACGACAAAGGCCUGGUGUAUGGACAGAAGAAGAUCCCGCUGGAGGAGAAACGGAGCUGGUACUUCACGAUGGCAACGCUGCUCAUCAGGCUGGACGGCAUCUUACUGAACCAGGGCAUUGAGGAGCAGAAGAGGCUGGUCCCUUUUAACCGCACCCUCAGGCUGCUCCGGGAAGUGGUCAAGUCCUCCAGCACCCACCAUCGAGCUCUGGCCUGGUGCUACCUUGGGAUGCUUCUGGAAAGGAAAGACACCUUCUCUACCACCCCUAUGGGAGUGCAUGACUGUGGCUACUCAGGGACUGACCCCCUGGACUGUUUUGGCAAGGCCAUAGAGAUCGCCAAGGACCAUGCACCCAUCUUGAAUCGACUGGCCAAGAUCUUCCAUUUCCUGGGGAAGCAAGACAUGGCCAUCGGCAUCUGCAACAUGGCUCUGGACAUCCUGCCAGAUCCUGAGCUCAACUGGCAGGCCUACUGCACCAGGGCCAAGAUCCACACCAAGGCAUACUUGCGUGAUCUGGAGCGGGCCAAAGCUGGGCUGGGAGGUCUGCCAGACAGGAAUCACCUCACUGUAGCCAGGGAUGACCUGGAGGAGGUGGUCAAGGUGUGUCCAGGCCUAAAGACCUACCUGGACAUCGGUCAGGUCUACUAUUAUAUGGGAGUGGACGCUGUGCAGGAACUGCUGGCCGUGGACGAGUCGGCCCUGAACAAGGCCCUGGUGUUCUUCGCCAAGGCCAUGGAAUCGGACGUGGGCGAGACGCUGCCCGAGAUCCAGCUGCUCCGAGGCAAGUGCUUGCGGAUUAAGGGCGAGGAGCCCAACGCCGUGGAGUGCUUCAAACGCGCCAUUGAACUGGAUGAGAGCGGGUCGCGCCACACUGAGGGCUUCCGCUGCCUCCUGGAGACCCUGCUGGCCCUCCUGAGCCAGGCCCGGCUGAGCGCCAGCGAGCUGGGCCGGGAGGUGGAGCUGUGGGUGCGCAAGGCUGAGGGCAAGUACCCGGCGGCGCGUGUGAGACAAGAGCUGCAGCGCGUGUACCGCAGCCACACAGCCGAGGUGGUGGCCCUGUCCAAGGCCAUGGUGUCUCAGGGCAGGCUGCAGCUGGUUCGGCUGCUGUUCGACACCAUGGGUGACGCCUGGAGAAAGCCGCAGCUGGGCGAGAGGUCCCUCUCCUUCUGAGCCACGGGCGCUUCUGGAACCGUAGGAGCUGAGACUGGGGUGUCCAGUGCUGGGGCCACGUUGUAGGACGGCCACAGUGACAAGCCGGGUGUGUCGACAUGGGCGUCUGCAAACAUAGGGCACUUUAAGGGGUGCCAAGUGUAAACAGUGUGUUGGAAAGACUGACCCGGCGCGGAAGCCUUAUAAAAGACCCACAAUCCAGGUCUCCUGCUGGGUGUCAACCAAAACCCGCAUCUUCUACUCUCCAACCAGCUGGCCAGCCGGCCGGUGUCUGGAAGGCCCUGCCUCAUUCCUUAUGCAGCUGGAAUUCCGAGCGUCCUUCACCGCACAGCUGAGGGCGCUUCUUUAUUACAUUGUAUUACGUUGUAUUACUCUGUAUAUGUCUCAUUUACUUCUCAGAGUCCGUAGAAUGUAAGCUGCCCGGCGGCAGUUUUAUUUUCUCUGUAU